UCUCCUCCGAUUCCGAGUCCACAACGCGCCAGCAGCAGCGGCGGCGGCGAGAAAGCAACCAGAGCGUUCGCCAUUGUUCCGCUCCCCCUCUCUCCCUCCGCCGAUGGCUUCGCCGUCGCUCCUGACCGUGCACCUGCGCGGGUCUGCUUCGCCGCCCGACGCCGCCUCGUCGGUGGCGAUCGAGGUGGAGGGAGGCGACGGGGUGGACCUCGCCCAGGUGGGCCUCGCGCUGGGGCUGGACCCGGCCACUGUCGGCCUCAACGGCUACUUCCUAAGCUGCGGCUCCGGCUACGUUUCCUUGGCGGUCACCUGGGGCGAGCUCCUCGCCUUCUUCGCCACGGGCCGGCAGCCCACGGGUGCCGACCCCGACGCGCCCGUCGCCGUUGACGGAGGGCCCGUACCUUCUCCGCCAGGUGCGCCUCCCUUUCCGGGAAGAUUCCAUGUUUGCAUCGUGACAUUUAGCGUGCCACUAGAUGUCAGUAGCAACCUGUUGACUGCUGUUCUCUGA